CUUCCGGCGGGAGGGGGGGCUUCAAUUUCAGCCUCAGAAGAGCAGGACGCGCGCAGCGUGCAGAACGCGUCUUCGGCUUCUUGCUCGCGAGCACGCGCGAGCACGGCCGCAACUUUGGCGCCGACCUCAAUCAUCAUCAUCAUCAUCACACUUCUGUUUGUUCAUUUUUCAUCUUUUUUUCUUCUUCUUGCAAGUGCAACUGCGCGAUGACGUCACGCCGCUGGAUGUUGACUUUGUGCUCUUUCCUGGUGCUUGGCGCCCACCUUGCCCAAGGAUCUCCUCCGAGAAGGUUCCGGAGCAAAGCGCUGAGUCCGACCGAGCUCUUGGUCUCGUGGAAGGAGCCCAAAGGUCCGCUGGACGGCUACGUGGUGGCGUACAGCGCGCGGCCCGGUGGCGAGGAGACGGAGGUGGGCGUGGCCAAAGAAGACGCCCAGCUGCUGAUCGACACCUUCGACGCCAGCAGAGAUUACGACUUCAAAGUGUUUGCCCUGAGGGGGGCGCUGAGGAGCAAACCGCUGCUGGCCACGCACCGAGCUGAGCGGUCGAGACAAGAAGCGCUCCGGUCCCAGAAUUCGCAGGACGGCCGAGCGGCGGACGCCGGCGCCGGCGCCGAAGGCGAGGACGGCUCGGCGUGCGGCACCUCGGCCUCCGCCGACGUGGUGAUCCUGGUGGACGGCUCGUGGAGCAUCGGCCGCAGCAACUUCCGCCUGGUCCGAAGCUUCCUGGAGAACCUGGUCCGGGCCGUCGCGCCGGACGGCGGCCGGACGCGCGUCGGCUUGGUGCAGUUCAGCGGCGAGCCGAGGGCGGAGUGGCACCUGAACAGUCACGAGACCAGAGCGGCCCUCGUGGACGCCGUCAGGAAUCUGCCGUACAAGGGCGGAAACACUCUGACGGGUCUGGCGCUGACCUUCGCCCUGGAGAACAGCUUCCGAGCGGAAUCGGGAUCCCGGGCCGACGUGCCCAAGGUGGCCGUCCUCAUCACGGACGGGAAGUCCCAGGAUGACGUGGUCCCGCCCGCGAGGACCCUGAGGGACGCCGGCAUCCGAGUGUUCGCCGUCGGCGUGAAGAACGCGGAUGAGGGCGAGUUGAAGGCCAUCGCGUCGCCGCCCGCCGACAGGCACGUCUACAACGUGGCCGACUUCGACGCCAUGAGUGACAUCGUGGACGUGCUCACCGGGAACGUCUGCCGCACGGUGGAGGAGCUCGCAGUCGGAGCAGGUCCCGCCCUCACCCCCCAAGUCGCGGCUCCUCCCCGUGACCUGGUGACCUCGGAGAUCACCGCGCGUAGUUUCCGUGUGACCUGGACGCCGCCGGCCGUCGAGCCCGAACGCUACCGCGUGGUCUACUACCCGGCCAGCGGAGGAAAGCCGGAAGAGAAGGUUGUCCCGGGCCGGGAGCGCAGCGUCCUGCUGGACCACCUGAGUUCCCUCAGCGAGUACCAGGUGGCCGUGUUCGCCGUCUACCGCGGCGCCGCCAGCGAGGCGCUGAGAGGGGGCGCCGCUACGCUGGCCCUCCCCACCGUGGAGCGCCUGGACCUGUCUGAGGCCACCCACCGCUCCGUGAGGGUCCGCUGGGGGGCCGCCCCCGCCGCCUCGGGCUACAUGAUCCUCUACGCGCCGCUCACCCGGGGCGAACCCGACGACGAGAAGGAGGUGAAGGUGGCGUCGGACGUGGAGGAGGCGGAGCUGGAGGGUCUGCUGCCGUCGACGGAGUACACGGUGGCGGUUUACGCCAUGUACGGCGAGGAGGCCAGCGACCCCGUCACCGGGCAGCUCCGCACGCCGGCGCCUCCGCCGGCGAGCAAUCUGCGGCUGACGGAGGUGGGCCACGGCUCGGCCCGACUCAGCUGGGACUCGGCCUCCGGCGACGCGACGGGCUACAGCGUCGUUUACGCCAGGAGCGACGGCGCGGAAGGCGACCAGGUGGAAGUGGGCCGCGAGACCACCUGGUUGCUAGGCAACCUGAGCCCUCUGACCGAGUACACGGUGGGCGUCGUCGCCACGUACGAGGGGGGGCCGGCCCAGCCGGUCACGCGAACCUUCUCCACGGGGAACGUUCCGGAACCGGCGGACGUGAAGACCCGCGACGCCUUCGCGACGGGCUUCCGGGUGUCGUGGAGGAGCCCCGCUGACGACGUGGCACUCUACCGCCUCGGGUGGGCGCCCGUGGACGGCGGCGGCGACGGCGCAGAGGUGAUGGUCGACGCCAACGCAAACACCUACGUGGUCACCGGACUCCGCCCCGCCGCCGAGUACGAGGUCCUCAUGAGCGCCAUCUACAGGAACGAAGUGGAGAGUGAGCAGAUCGUCCUGCGAGAGUCCACCGUUGGGAGGACAACCGCUGUUGCCGUGACCACCGCCGCCACCCCAGCUCCUCGUCGCGGCGUGCAGGGCGUGACCGUCGAUGAGGAAACCGCCUUUAGCGUGCGGGUGUCAUGGCAACACGCGGACGCCCACAACGUCCGCCGUUACCGCCUCAGCUACGGCGGCGCGGACGGUAGCCAAGAGACGAGGACGCUUCCGUCCACGCAGACCAGUUUGGUUCUGCGACCCCUGUCGGCCGACACCCGCUACAAGAUGGCCGUCACCCCCGUUUACGCGGACGGAGACGGACCGACGGUGGCGGCCAGCGGACAAACGCUUCCAGCUUCGCCUCCGACGAACCUUCGCGUGUCCGAGGAAUGGUACAACCGCUUCCGGAUCAGCUGGGACCCUCCUCUUUCUCCCACGACGGGGUUCCGUGUGGUUUAUCGGCCGCUGGCGGCCCCCGGCCCGGCCCUGGAGACCUUCGUGGGCGAAGACGUGAACACGAUGAUGAUCGUCAACCUUCUCAGCGGCACCGAGUACGGCGUCGAGGUCCUCGCGUCUUACGGCGGCGGGUCCAGCGAGGCGCUGUCGGGCCGGGCGGGGACACUGCGUCUGGCGGUGGGCGACUUGAGCGUUUACCAGCAGAGGACGAACGGCAUGUGCGCCCAGUGGCAGCCGCUGAGGCACGCCGGCGCCUACAGGGUUGUCAUCGAGUCCGCGAACAGCGGUCACGUGGAGGAAGCCAAGCUGAGCGCCGGAUCGAGUCGCCACUGCUUCAACAACCUGAGGCCCAACACGCCGCACAAGAUCAGCGUUUACGCCCAACUGCAGGACGGAACCCAAGGCCCGGCCGUAACCGCGAACGCCGAGACCCAAGCCGUCCCCACCCGGCCGCCCGCCGCGCCGCCGACCACCACUCCGCAACCCACAAUUCCUCCCGCCAAGGAAGUCUGUAAGGCGGCCAAAGCCGACCUGGCGUUCUUGGUGGACGGUUCCUGGAGUAUCGGUGAUGACAACUUCCUGAAGAUCAUCCGGUUCUUGUUCAGUACCGUCGGAGCGCUGGACCAAAUCGGAGCUGACGGCACGCAGGUCGCCAUCGCUCAGUUCAGCGACGACCCGCGCACUGAAUUUGCGUUGGACGCGUACGACGACAAGGAGCGCCUCCUGGAUGCCGUCAACAAAAUCUCCUACAAGGGAGGGAACACCAAGACAGGUCGGGCAAUCCAGCACGCCAAAGACAGCAUUUUCACGGCAGAGGGCGGCGUCAGGAGGGGAGUCCCCAAGGUCCUGGUGGUCCUCACCGACGGCAGGUCGCAGGAUGACGUCAACAAGGUCUCCGAGGAGAUGAGGGCGGAAGGCUUCGUGGUCUUCGCCAUCGGCUUCGCCGACGCGGACUACGGCGAGUUGGUGAGCAUGGCCAGCAAACCCAGCGACAGACACGUCUUCUUUGUGGACGACCUGGACGCCUUCGAGAAGAUCGAAGAGAGGCUGGUGACGUUCGUGUGCGAAGCUGCUACGGCCGUUUGUCCUCCGGGGGCCAUGAACGGGGGCACCGCUCCUGGGUUCCGUAUGAUGGAGCUCUUCGGCCUGCUGGAGGAGCGCUACGGCAGCCUGGCCGGCGUUUCCAUGGUACCCGGAACCUUUAACGCAUUCCCGUGCUUCCGGCUGCACAGGGACGCCCUGCUGGCUCAGCCGACCAGGUUUCUGCACCCUGAAGGUCUUCCGUCAGACUACACCGUCACAAUGCUGUUCCGCGUGCUUCCCGGCACCCCCCGAGAACCUUUCGCUCUGUGGGAGGUCCUGGACCGGGACCACGAGCCACUGGUGGGCGUCAUCCUCGACAAUGCAGCGCAGACGUUGACCUUCUUCAGCAACGACUACAGAGGACGCUUCCAGAGCGUGGCCUUCGAGGGUCCGCACAUCCAAAAACUUUUCCACGGAAGCUUCCACAAGCUUCACGUGGUCAUCAGCAAGACCAGCGCGAGUGUCCUGGUGGACUGUCAGGCCGUGUCCACCAAGGCCAUCGGAGCGGCGGGAAACAUCAGCACGGCCGGGACGGAAGUUCUCGGCAGGACGGUCGGAUCCGGAGGGAAGGAGGAAAGCUCGGCACCGUUUGACCUUCAGAUGUUCGACAUUGCGUGCAGCACCUCGUGGGCCUCCGGGGAUCAAUGCUGCGAACUUCCCGGUUUGCGUAACGAGGCCCAGUGUCCUGCCAUGCCCAAGGCCUGCACCUGCACCCAGGACAGCAAAGGCCCCCCGGGGCCCGCCGGACCCCCUGGAGGGCCGGGAGUACGAGGACCCCGAGGGGAUCGCGGCGUGCCAGGUCCAGCGGGGCCUGCCGGAGCAGCGGGUGAACCCGGAGUACCAGGACCCCAGGGAGCGCCGGGACCGAUGGGUCCCAGCGGGCGCUCCAUCAGGGGUACCCCGGGUGCCCCGGGGGAGCGAGGACAGAAGGGAGACUUGGGUCAACAGGGUCUGCAGGGCGUGGCCGGCCGAGUGGGCCCUCCUGGCAGAGAGGGACUUCCCGGCCCCCGAGGGCAGUCGGGCAAAGACGGCCCCCCCGGGCGACCGGGACCCUCCGGAACUAUUGGUAGUCCAGGAGCCCCAGGGGCCCCCGGGAACACGGGGCCCCCAGGAAAACAGGGAGAACUCGGACCGCCGGGUCCGCCAGGAAGCAAGGGUGACAAAGGGGAACGGGGCGAUCUGCAGUCCACGGCCACGGUGCAGACCAUCGCCAGGCAGGUGUGUGAGCAGCUGAUCCAGAGUCACAUGGCUCAGUUCAACUCCCUCUUGAACCACGCCCCGAGCUCGUCGGUGACCAUCCGCACCGUACCGGGACCCCCCGGAGAGCCCGGUCGAAAUGGGUCCCCUGGCCCCCAAGGGGAACAAGGGCCUUCCGGGAGGCCCGGUUUCCCCGGGCAAAAUGGCCAGAACGGGCAACCCGGAGAACGAGGUCCCCCAGGCGAGAGGGGUGAAAAGGGUUCUGCCGGCGUGGGAGUUCAAGGCCCCAGAGGACCUACGGGGCCCCCUGGUCCUCCCGGUCAAGGCAGACUCGGCAGCCAAGGCCCGCCGGGAAGACCCGGAAAUCCAGGAGCGCCGGGACGCCCCGGCGUUCCGGGGCCGGCGGGCUCCGCCGGGCCUCCCGGCUACUGUGACCAAAACUCCUGCGUGGGCUACAACGUCGGAGUCCAGCUGCCGUCCAACAUCUUUCCCAACUACGGCGAGGUCGAGGAGGACGACCCGUACCGCUACUACCAACCCGACUACCCGCCGCCGCGCCCCGUCCUGGACACGGAGCGCUCCGAACUGAAGCCGAGUCCUCGGGGUGAAGGAGACGGGGCGGAGAGGAGGCUCCGGCGAGGCGGCGUCAGGAAGUGACGCCAUCCGAGGGGAGGCCCGGUGGAGGGAGCGUAGCUAACACAUGUAAUCUCUGUACGUGCUUCUUGUUCACCAGAACUUCCUGGAGGUCAGGAAGUCGGACGAGGCCCCGCCUCUGCGUCUGAUUGGCCGCCGUCCGUAAAUGUUGGCCUCUCGGAAAGAGGGCGUGUGAUGAUGCUUGACAUCCAGGAAGUGUGGCGGCAGGCAAAGUAAUUUAUUUGGACGACUUCCUGUCCAGUUUGUCAACGCAAUAAAGGAAGUAAAGUCCGAGGUGUCGUCUGCGUCAUUUUCUCACCGUCAGGAGGAUCUUCACCUUUUCAUUUUGUCAUUGCUUCACGUCUUCACAGCGUAUUGUCUUUGCGUCCUCCCGAGAAGGGAUAUCGCAUCAAAGCAACGAGACGUGUCCAAAAAUGCUUUGUCACUUGAAAUAUUGCCAAAGUCUCAGAGCCCUUCU